UUUUAUAGUGCGUCGACAGCAACUUCGUCUUCCAAUUCCAGCAACACCUUUGGGAUUUCCGAACGAUCAAACAAAACCCUAUCAGCAGAAAUCCAAAAAAAAAAAAGAGAUAGUAGAAGCAAGGACCAAUUGACGCUAUGGCAUCCAAAAGAAUUAACAAAGAGCUGAAGGACCUUCAAAAGGAUCCUCCUGUAUCAUGCAGCGCCGGUCCUGUGGGUGAUGACAUGUUUCACUGGCAAGCAACGAUUAUGGGGCCAACGGAUAGCCCUUUCGCUGGAGGUGUUUUCCUCGUUUCCAUUCACUUCCCUCCGGAUUACCCUUUCAAGCCCCCCAAGGUCUCCUUCCGGACAAAGGUCUAUCACCCAAAUAUCAACAGCAAUGGCAGCAUCUGUCUCGACAUCCUCAAGGAACAGUGGAGUCCUGCCCUCACCAUUUCCAAGGUACUUCUGUCGAUAUGUUCAUUGCUGACGGAUCCGAAUCCAGAUGACCCUCUGGUUCCGGAGAUAGCUCACACUUACAAGACGGACCGAGCCAAAUACGAAGCCACGGCUCGGUCAUGGACCCAGAAAUAUGCAAUGGGGUAAAUCUCAUAAAUAAUGAUAGUAAUAGUAAUGCCCAAAACAAAAUAGUUGCGGUGAAUAAAAGCAGACAAGACAUUGUGGGUGUUUGGUUUGUUUUACUACUUCUGUCCUUGGGUAUCUCUUGGUAUAUGCUCCAUGUGAGAGAACCUUUGAUACUACUAGCCUUUUGUGUUGACACUAUUGGUGCUGGCCGUCAA